UGUGCAGGAACGGCACGAGCCGACAUCAUCAUCAUCAUCACCACCACCACCAUCAUCAUCAUCAUCAUCAUCACCAUCAGCCGCUGCGACGCGAGGCGAGGUCACCGCGGUAUCACGGUUUUUCUAUUAUCUCCUGCGGCUCGACCCCAAUUUGAAGCUCUGACGCGUCCCGAGACGACGUCGGGCCGCUGACCUCAGUCAUCUCCACUAUUAUCGGCGUCUCGGAGGAUGUGAGUGGGAGAAUGGCUGCGAGCAGAAAGCCCCAAUAAAUCCAACCGAGGGAGGAAGCGGGAUCACGUGGCGGUUAUGGACUGACCGGUCAACCGAUAGCAGAUCGCAGCAGCUUGGCUUGGAAGUUGACAAUGGUGUUGUUUCUGAUUGGGAUCGCCAUCGCUGUGAACAGUUCUGCUCAUGAGAACCAAACUGCAGAAAAUCCCACCCAUCAGGGUGCGCACGUGCUGCCCUCCACGCUGGUCAUUUCCCUGCUUCUCAUCAUCGUGGUCCUGCUGACAAUCUACUGUCUGAGGUUCAAAAACCACAGAAAGGCUCUGGUUACCUCGGUGGAUAAAAAGAUUCCCAAUGGCUUCUUGGAAGAACAAGGAGAGCAGACGGUGGUCCUCCUCCCCAGAUCGCCCUCGCCGUCCAAGAGGUACUUCCCCAUCCCGCUGGACUCGCUGGAGGAGGAGUACCGGAUACGCUCGGCGGACGACGGCAAGCUCUUCAGAGAAGAGUUCAAUUCGCUGCCGUGUUACUACCACCAUGGGUCCUUUGAAGAGGCGAGCAGAGAGCACAACAGAGAGAAAAACAGAUACCCAAACAUUUUACCAUACGAUCAUUCCAGGGUGGUGUUGAGCCACCUUGACGGACAUCUGUGCUCCGACUACAUAAACGCAUCUUACAUAGAUGGUUAUAAAGAGAAGAGCAAGUUUAUUGCCGCUCAAGGCCCAAAACCUGAGACCGUGGCCGAUUUCUGGAGAAUGAUUUGGGAACAGAAAACAGCAACUAUAGUCAUGCUCACCAAUCUAAAAGAAAGGAAGGAGGAAAAAUGUUGUCAGUACUGGCCGGAAAAGGGCUGCUGGAUGUACGGGAACGUCCGGGUGGCCAUGGAGGACUUCACAGUGCUGGUGGAUUACACCAUCAGGAAAUUCUGCGUUCAAUAUCAGGGCAGCGACGGUCCCCGAGCCCCCCGCCUGGUCACCCAGCUCCACUUCACCAGCUGGCCAGACUUCGGGGUGCCGUUCACGCCCAUCGGCAUGCUGAAAUUCCUCAAGAAGGUCAAGGCUGUCAAUCCGUCCUACGCCGGGCCUGUUGUUGUGCACUGCAGCGCCGGGGUUGGGAGGACUGGGACGUUCAUUGUCAUUGACAGCAUGAUCGACAUGAUGCACAUGGAACAGAGGCUGGAUGUCUUUGGCUUUGUGAGCAGAAUACGAGAGCAGCGCUGUCAACUCAUCCAGACAGAUAUGCAGUACUCCUUCAUCUACCAGGCUCUGCUGGAGUACUAUCUGUAUGGAGACACGGAGCUAGAUGUGUGCUCUCUGGAGGGCCAUCUGCAGAGGCUUCACAACACCAGGGCUCCCCACGACAGGCUGGGCCUGGAGGAGGAGUUCAGGAAGCUGACCAAUGUUCGCAUAAUGAAGGAAAACAUGAGAACCGGGAACCUUCCCGCCAACAUGAAGAAGAACCGAGUGCUUCAGAUCAUUCCAUAUGAUUUCAACCGAGUAAUACUCUCUGUGAAAAGAGGACAGGAGUUCACCGACUACAUCAAUGCCUCCUUUAUUGAUGGCUACAGGCAGAAGGACUAUUUUAUCGCAACCCAGGGCCCCCUGUCUCACACAGUGGAGGACUUCUGGAGGAUGGUGUGGGAGUGGAGGUGUCAUUCAAUCGUUAUGCUCACCGAACUCAAAGAGAGGGAGCAGGAAAAGUGUUUCCAGUAUUGGCCAUCAGAGGGCAGUGUAACAUUUGGAGAUUACACAGUGGAGCUGACUGCAGACACACAGUGUGAAACCUUCACUCUGAAAGACAUGGUCCUCUCCUACAGACCAGAAAAGCAGUCUCAACACGUCCGACUCUUUCACUUCCACGGAUGGCCCGAGAUCGGGAUCCCAGCCGAGGGGAGAGGGAUGAUUGACAUUAUUGCCGCUGUGCAGCGGCAGCAGCAGCAGUCUGGAAACCGUCCCAUAAUUGUGCACUGCAGUGCCGGUGCGGGACGGACCGGCACCUUCAUCGCCCUCAGUAACAUCCUGGAGAGAGUGAAAGCUGAAGGCCUCCUGGAUGUUUUUCAGACCGUCAAGAGUUUACGUAUGCAGAGACCACACAUGGUUCAGACUGUGGAGCAAUACGACUUCUGCUACCGAGUGGUCCAAGACUUUGUCGACAUUUUCUCAGACUACGCUAAUUUCAAAUAGUCAACGUUCAGUAACGCCAUGUAUAUUCCUGUCAACUUUACAAAUGCAAAUUUUUUUCCGAAUGUUGUUUUCUACAGUGAGCUCUUUUUACAUUUUGCACUUCAUGA